UAUUGCACCCUUCUGCUCAUCAGAGUUGUUCGUCCUUCGUAACAAUACAGAUCAUUCAAACCCUCCCACACAGAGACUCAAGGGAAGUUACAUAUUUAUCACAAGCCCAGAAUUGGAUUCAAUGGUCUGGUAUUGUUGCUCUGGAUGCUCUGCUGCAAAGUCCAUUCAGAGUAGUUCAAUGUAACCAGGUACAUCAUCCCUGAGAUACCAAUAUACAACAUUGUGUCACAAACAAGAGAAAAUCUGCAGUUGCUAGAAAUCCAAGCAACACACACAAAAUGCUGAAGGAACUCAGCAGGCCAGGCAGCAUCUGUAGGACAAAAAAAUACAGUCAAUGUUUCAGUCCAAAAACAUUCGGCAAGACUGGAGACAAAAAAGAUGAGGAGCAGAGUUAAAAGGUGGGGAUAAGGGAGAGAGAAAACAAGGUGAUGGGUGAAUCUUGAAAGCGAGGAAUGAAGUAAAGAGCUGGGAAGAUUGCUGAAAGAGAGAGAAGGCCAUGGAAGAAAGAAAAGAGGGGAGGAGCACACGGCAGAGGUGAUGGGUGGGCAAUGUGAGAGAAGAAAAAGGGGAGGGGAACUGGUGAGGGGGGCAUUACCAGACAUUCAAGAAUUUGACGUUCAUGCUAUCAGUUUGGAAGCUACCCAGAUAGAAAAUGUUGUACUUCCAAGCUAAGUGUGGCCUCAUUGCAUUGUAUGAUUUUUAUUUAAGAAGCAAACUUGAUCUAAUCAGAGUUCUAUAGUAAGACUGAAUCUGAAAGAACUUAAUACAUUUACACUGCAUGAGAAAUUGGAUGAUACAGUGUGAAGUCCAACUGCCACACUGUACCAGACAGUGACGGGUACAGAAUGAAUCCCGCACUCUCACACUGUACUAGAGAGUGACAGGUACUGAAUGAACCCCACACUCUCACACUGUACCAGAGACUGACAGAUACGGAAUGAACCCCCACUUUCACACUCUACCAGAGACAGACGGGUAAAGACAUUCUGUUGUUUAACAAACAUGGACAACCCUCAUUACCACCUCAGUAGCACCACUUUGACCACUUCAUAAUGCAAUGGGCUCUUGUUGAAAUUCUGCUACCUCUUUAUAAUUCUGUAGAGUAUGUUUUUAUUUUGUAAAUGUUGUGUCUCCAAUACUGUGUGUCUUUGAAUCUGCUGUAAGCCAGUUGUAUAUAACAAUAAACAACUUUCACCCUCACUCUAAAAUGGGUCUCUCAUGAUGACUUUCGAUCUCCUGCUGCCAUGUUUCAUUACAUAAAUGUUUCAUACUUUCAAGUGUGUGUUUUUCUCAUACCUUCUGCUUUUCUAUCAGAUACGAUAGGUUGAAUGGCCGAAUACUGCGCCUGUACUUUAUGAUCCAUUUUGUAUUUUCGAUUUCCUUCCUGCCGAAUUACCCAACAGCGGCAACUCCCAGCGAUCAGCGCCAGUUCCCAGUCCACGGUGUUACCCAAAGCGACAAUGGGCAGUGGAGAGAGACAAAGCAGGUUCACCCCGAUACUGGCAUCUCCUCCAAGGCCAUGAGCAUCAUGAACUCGCUCGUGAACAAUAUCUUCGAGCGUAUCGCGGGUGAGGCUUCCCGCCUGGCCCAUUACAACAAGUGGUCAACCAUCACUUCCCGGGAGAUCCAGACCGCCGUGCACCUGCUGCUGCCCGGGGAGCUGGCCAAGCACGCCGUGUCCGAAGGGACAAAGGCGGUGACCAAGUACACCAGCUCCAAGUGA